AGCUGAAACAGUCUCUCUCUCUCUCUCUCUCUCUCUCUCUCUCUCACACACACUCUCUCUCUCUUCUCUCUCUCUGGAUUUAUUUCAUCUCCUCAGUUUUUUCCUUCGCUCGGAUGUUGAUGAAUAAAUCGAUAACUGAAUUGAUCCGCAGCUGCAGCAGGAGGAAAGUGGAUCAGUUUGAGAUCAGUGUGAAAGUGUUGGCGGUGAAAUGAGCACAAGUUGCUUAUGUUAGUGAAUUAAAAGAAGAAGAAGAAGCUGAUGGGGAUCGAACCGACGGGAAACUGAUCAAAGUGCAGCGGAUCGAUUAAGAUGGUCUUCGGCAUUCGGAGCUGAGAGAAGCAGCGGAGAUGUGCGAGGAGAACCGAGCAAGUGCCGGUCGCAACGGCUACACCAAAGCAGUGGAUGGAGAGGAGGGGGGAGGAGAGGGGGAGGAAGAGGAGGAGGGAGGAGAGGUGGAUGGAGAAGGAGGAGGAGGCGAGGAGAGGGAUGGAGAGUGGGACGAAGAGCUGGACGGAGAAAACGAGGGAGGUGUGAGGAUGACAAGAACCGACACGCUGCACUCGACCACAAGUUCGACUGGAACACAGAGGAGGAGAGGACUACACGCUAAGAAACAGGUGCAGGGCAGUAAUCAGGUCCAACGAGCUCCUCGAGCUUUAUAUUGUCUGAAACUGAACAAUCCAAUCAGACGAGCCGCUCUCUCUAUCGUCGAGUGGAAACCCUUUGAUAUCUUCAUCUUGUUAGCCAUCUUUGCUAACUGUGUCGCUCUGGGAGUUUCCAAACCGUUUCCUGAGGACGACUCCAACUCCACCAACCACGACUUGGAACAAGUGGAGUACGUCUUCCUCAUCAUCUUCACCAUUGAGACCUUCCUGAAGAUCCUGGCCUACGGUCUGGUGAUGCACCCGAGCUCCUACAUCCGCAACGGCUGGAACCUGCUGGACUUCGUCAUCGUCAUCGUCGGAUUGUUCAGCGUCGUCCUGGAGACAAUGACUCAUAAGUCUGGCGAGCAGGCGACCACUCACCACGUGCCGGGGAAACCUGGAGGUCUGGAUGUCAAAGCUCUGAGAGCCUUCAGGGUCCUGAGGCCCCUGAGGCUGGUCUCUGGAGUCCCCAGUCUGCAGAUCGUGUUGAACUCCAUCAUGAAGGCGAUGGUUCCUCUGCUUCACAUCGCUCUGCUGGUUCUCUUCGUCAUCAUCAUCUACGCCAUCAUUGGCCUGGAGCUCUUCAUCGGACGCAUGCAUCGGACCUGCUACUACAUGGGAGCAGAUAACUACGUGGAGGACGACCCGGUGCCGUGUGCGUUUGCCGGUCACGGCCGUCAGUGCGCAAUUAACGGCACAGAGUGUCGAGGGAGGUGGGACGGUCCCAAUGGAGGAAUCACCAACUUUGACAACUUCUUCUUUGCCAUGUUGACCGUGUUCCAGUGCAUCACAAUGGAGGGAUGGACCGACGUGCUGUACUGGAUGAACGACGCCAUCGGGUUUGAGCUGCCCUGGGUUUAUUUUGUCAGUCUGGUGAUUUUCGGCUCGUUCUUCGUUCUCAACCUGGUUCUGGGAGUCCUCAGCGGAGAGUUCAGUAAAGAGAGGGAGAAGGCGAAGGCGCGGGGAGAUUUUCAGAAGCUGCGCGAGAAGCAGCAGAUGGAAGAGGAUCUGUGUGGAUACAUGGACUGGAUCACUCAGGCUGAGGACAUGGACGAACUGGACGAGGACGGAAACCCACGUCCGUCUCUGGGCGACCUGUCCGACAAGAAGAGAGGGAAGUUUGGAUGGUUCAGUCACUCCAAUGACACACACGCAAGUCUUCCUGCCAGUGACACAGCGUCUACAAACACUGAAAACAUUGAUGAGGAACACACCAACUGCUGUCAGGCCUGCUGCUCCCAGGUGAUGAAGAUCAGCUGCUGUCGGACGUUGCGUCGCUGGAAUCGCGUCUGUCGCAGAAACUGUCGCACUGCUGUUAAAUCAGUGACAUUUUAUUGGCUGGUUCUGCUGCUCGUCUUCCUCAACACCUCCCUCAGCGCGUCCGAGCACUACAACCAACCUGACUGGCUGACAGAAGUCCAGGACAUCGCCAACAAGGUGCUGCUGUCCCUGUUCACGUUGGAGAUGCUGUUGAAGAUGUACAGUCUGGGUCUGGCUCAUUACUUCGUGGCGUUCUUUAACCGCUUCGACUGUUUCGUGGUGUGUGGCGGCAUCGUGGAGACCAUCCUGGUGGAGAUAGGCAUCAUGCCUCCUCUGGGGAUCUCUGUGCUGCGCUGCGUCCGCCUCCUGCGGAUCUUCAAGGUCACACGCCAUUGGACGGCUCUGUCCAAUCUGGUCGCGUCCCUACUGAACUCGAUGAAGUCCAUCGCCUCCCUGCUGCUCCUCCUCUUCCUCUUCCUCAUCAUCUUCGCUCUGCUCGGCAUGCAGCUGUUCGGAGGAAAGUUUAACUUUGACGAGACGCAGACCAAACGCAGCACGUUUGACGCCUUCCCGCAGGCGCUGCUCACCUGCUUCCAGAUCCUGACAGGCGAGGACUGGAACAUGGUCAUGUACGACGGCAUCAUGGCGUACGGCGGCCCCGUGUUUCCAGGGAUGAUCGUCUCUGUUUACUUCGUCAUCCUCUUCAUCUGUGGAAACUACAUCCUGCUGAACGUCUUCUUGGCCAUCGCCGUGGACAACCUGGCCGGAGGAGACGGAGACGACAAGAAGUGAGAGGAGGGGCGGGGAGGGGAGGAGGAGGAGGAGGAGGAGGUCGAAGACGAAGAAGUGAAGGUGGACAUUGAUGAAGACACCGAGUAUGAGGAGGAAGAGGAGCCUCCUGAAGGACAAGACGAUGCGGGGGUCCAGUUAAAGAUGGCCGACCUUGCUCCACCUAAGGAGAAGGUCCUUCCCAUCCCAGAAGGCAGUGCGUUCUUCUGCCUCAGCAACACGAACCCUAUCCGUGUGGCCUGUCACACUCUGAUCCAUCACCACAUCUUCACCAACCUCAUCCUCGUCUUCAUCAUCCUCAGCAGCUGCUCAUUGGCUGCUGAGGAUCCAAUCAGAGCCCACUCCUUCAGGAACAACAUUCUGGGUUAUGCGGACUACGCCUUCACCUCCAUCUUCACUGUAGAGAUCCUGUUAAAGAUGACGGUCCACGGAGCGUUCCUCCAUCAGGGCUCCUUCUGCAGGAACUGGUUCAACUUGUUGGAUCUACUGGUCGUCAGCGUCUCACUCGUCUCCUUCUUCCUUCACUCCAGUGCCAUCUCGGUGGUGAAGAUCCUCAGAGUCCUCAGGGUGCUGCGACCUCUGAGAGCCAUCAACAGAGCCAAAGGCCUCAAGCACGUGGUCCAGUGUGUGUUUGUGGCCAUCAAGACGAUCGGAAACAUCAUGAUCGUCACGACUCUGCUUCAGUUCAUGUUCGCCUGCAUCGGAGUUCAGCUGUUCAAGGGUAAAUUUUAUCGCUGUACGGACGAAGCCAAACACACACCUGAUCAGUGCAAAGGGACGUUUGUUGUGUAUAAAGACGGAGACGUGAGUCACCCGAUGGUCCGAGUGCGUCUGUGGCAGAACAGUGACUUCAACUUUGAUAACGUGUUGAUGGGGAUGAUGGCGCUCUUCACCGUCUCCACCUUCGAGGGCUGGCCAGCACUGCUGUACAAGGCCAUCGAUGCUAACGGGGAGAACUCUGGUCCCAUCUAUAACUACCGCGUGGAGAUCUCCAUCUUCUUCAUCGUCUACAUCAUCAUAAUCGCCUUCUUCAUGAUGAACAUCUUCGUAGGUUUCGUCAUCAUCACAUUCAGAGAGCAGGGAGAGCAGGAGUACAAGAACUGUGAGCUUGACAAGAACCAGCGUCAGUGUGUGGAAUACGCUCUGAAGGCUCAGCCUCUCAAACUCUACAUCCCCAAGAAUCCGGUCCAGUAUAAAUUUUGGUCGAUCAUCAACUCGACAUGGUUUGAGUACGUGAUGUUCGUCCUCAUCCUGCUCAACACCGUCACGCUGGCUGUUCAGCACUAUGAACAGUCCAAAAGGUUCAGCCACAUCAUGGACAUCCUGAACAUGGUGUUCACUGGACUCUUCACUGCGGAGAUGCUGCUGAAGCUGCUCGCUCUCAGACUCAGGCAUUAUUUCAUCGACGCCUGGAACUCAUUCGAUGCUCUCAUCGUGGUCGGCAGCGUGGUCGACAUCGUGGUCACGGAGUUCAGUAGUGGAGAGGACAGCUCUCGUGUGUCCAUCACCUUCUUCAGGCUGUUUCGAGUCAUGCGAUUGGUCAAGCUGCUGAGUAAAGGGGAAGGGAUUCGUACGCUGCUCUGGACGUUCAUCAAAUCACUGCAGGCGCUGCCAUAUGUCGCUCUGCUCAUCGCCAUGAUCUUCUUCAUCUACGCCGUCAUCGGCAUGCAGACGUUUGGAAAGGUGGCGAUGCAGGAUCACACUCAGAUCAACAGGAACAACAACUUCCAGACGUUUCCUCAGGCUGUUCUCCUCCUCUUCAGGUGUGCGACAGGUGAGGCGUGGCAGGAGAUCAUGUUGGCGAGUCUUCCAGGAAAACGCUGUGACCCCGAGUCAGACUACGAACCAGGAGAAGAAUUCAGCUGCGGCAGCAACUUCGCCAUCGUUUACUUCAUCAGCUUCUUCAUGCUCUGUGCUUUCCUGAUUAUCAACCUUUUUGUCGCCGUCAUCAUGGACAAUUUUGACUAUCUGACACGUGAUUGGUCGAUUCUGGGACCUCAUCAUCUGGACGAGUUUAAGAGGAUCUGGUCUGAGUACGACCCUGAGGCCAAAGGUCGAAUCAAACACCUGGACGUUGUGGCUCUGCUCAGGAGGAUUCAGCCUCCUCUGGGGUUUGGGAAGUUGUGUCCUCACAGAGUGGCCUGUAAGCGUCUGGUAGCGAUGAACAUGCCUCUGAACGCUGACGGGAUGGUGACCUUUAACGCUACGCUCUUCGCUCUGGUUCGCACGGCGCUCAAGAUCAAGACUGAAGGUAACCCUGAGCAGGAGAACGAGGAGCUGAGGGGGAUUAUCAAGAAGAUCUGGAAGAGAAUGAAACCAAAACUACUGGACGAAGUGAUUCCACCACAUGAAGAUGAGGAAGUUACCGUUGGAAAGUUUUACGCCACGUUUCUGAUCCAGGAUUAUUUCAGGAAGUUCAGGAAGAGGAAGGAGAAAGGAGAUUUGACCGGAGAGCCUGACGCCACCAACCCGUCUGCUAUACAGCUGUGUAAAGCCGGUCUGAAGACGCUCCAGGAUCUGGGUCCAGAGAUGCGUCUGGCUCUGAACGAGGACCUGGACGAGGAUGAGGAGGAGGACGUCAUGAUGGAGGAUGAGGAGCUGGAGGAGAACACUGCUUACAAGGGUGAAAACGGAUUUGGACCAGAGAGAGAUCGGCGAGGCUCCACCCUGGCCACGCCCACAGGUCCUGGCGGUGUUGUUGGAGACGUGGGUGUGUCUAAUGGGGGUCUGAUCCACCGGGUCGGUUCUCUCACUAAGAUGCCAAAUGGCAGCGACCACGACGAAAAUCUUCACCGUGGAGACAACAUGAGGUCAUCUGUCAAUCAUCAUCAUCAGCGACGCCCAUCAGAGAAGAAUGGAAUCCUGGACCGCGCCCACAAGAGACCGUCAUACUACAAACAUGGAAGGAGGGACUCCCGGGACAGAUACUGGAGGAACGGGGACACAGAGACGUACGGAGAGCAAGGUUACUACAGCAGAGACGAAGACAACGACAGCAUCACUUCCAGAGACAGACAUUACCCUGACGAUCCUCGAAUGUACAGAGACCACUACGAUGGACACGCCCCCGACACCAACAAUAGCUACGGUAACGGAUACAACGAGGAGAGGAGGACCACACGGAGACGCCUACUUCCUGCUACACCUACAGGUCGGAAACCGUCGUUUAACAUCCAGUGUCUGAGGAGGCAGGGCAGCAGUGACGACCUGCCCAUCCCAGGGACCUACCACCCCACCUCGCCGCCACGCCGCACACGCACACAGACGUUCAGCAAUUAUGAGACUCAUCAAUCUUCCGGCCGCCCCAUGCCGGCCUCCUCGACAUCCUGGGCGAACCCGUGUCCUCGCCGUGGACGCCUCCUCUACGCUCCUCUCAUCCUGGUUGAGGAGGAAGGCAGUCCGCCCUGGGGGGGGGGAGGACCAGGGGGGGAAAGGACGAAGGGAGAAGCAGGAAGAGGGGUCAGUGUGACAGGAGCAGAACCCAGACCGGUGUGGUACAGUGGCCCUGCAGGGACAUCAGCGCCGCCGCCGCCGCCGUACAGAGCCUACACCACGCUCAGAGUUCCCUCUCAGCUCGGAGCUCAGUUCACGGAGAAGCGAGGAUCGGCCGACAGUCUGGUCGAGGCGGUUCUGAUCUCUGAGGGUCUCGGUCUUUACGCUCGGGAUCCUAAGUUCGUGGCGUUUGCAAAGCGAGAGAUCGCAGAUGCAUGUCACAUGACGGUGGACGAGAUGGAGUCCGCUGCCAGCGACCUGCUUGGCUCGGCGAGCCACAGUUUACUUAGCAACACCCCCGCCACCGACCCCGCUGCUCUCUACAGCGACGAGGAGCCAAUCAGAACGGGGCGCGAUGAGGAUGAACUGGCUGACGAGAUGACCUGUGUGACAUCAUUUUGAACUUCUGGACCAAUCAGGGCUAAAUAGGACUGAGAGAGGCGGGACAUCUGUAGCCUGUCUGGGUUUGUUUGACAGAGAUUUGACCAAUCAGAAGAGAUGAGAGAGAAAGGGGUGGGGUUUAAUUAAAACUGCCAAAAGCCAAAUUGUGUGAGUUUGAGGGGUUAAAGGUCAAAGUGGAAGAGGAAGAAGGUAAUAAAAAGGGAAAGUGAUGGAGGGAGGAGAAGAAGGGAAAAAGAAGGAUGGAAGGAACUAAGGAGGGAGGGGUGCAGAAGAAUGGAUGAAAGAAAACUUAAAGAACAGAAGAAAAACAAAGCCGAGGAAAUAGAAGGAUGAAGAAACAGAAAGUAGGAACAAUAAAGAAGUCAGGAAGAACAAAAUAAAAACAAAAAGGAACAAAUUUAAAGUAAUGAAGGAAGGAUGAAGAAGGAGAAAGAGGAGAUGAGAGAAAGAAGAUUCAGCAAAAUAGGAAAGAAGGGAAAAAUCACGAUGAAGAGGGAAGAAAGAGAGAAAAGAUAAAUCUAAGUCAGAAGAAAGAGAGUAAGAAAGAUAAAUGGAGGAAGAAGGGAAAGGAAGAAUACAAAUAGUGAAUGGAGAUGAAGAGGACAGUAAAGGAAAAGAUAAAAGACAUGUCGGCGACACUUCCUGUGGAGAUUUUGUAGUUUGACACUAAGGAUCACUGAACAGGAGCCUGAGGGGCCCCGGGGCCCCGGGGGGCCGGGGGCCAGGACGUCAAUCAAACCGCUGAUGUAUACCCACAAUGCACUUCUGCUGUUGUGCGUUGUUUGGUUUUCCAGGUUGUUCUGUAAUUUUAUAAAACUUUGAAUGAGGUUUUUGAACUUUGUUAACAUUUGUACAUAAAGAUAAGACUUGACUUGAAAUGAAGAGAAGAAUUUAAAUUGAUUCACAGAUGCUUUUUCUUAAUGUUUAUGCAAAUGUAUUAUCCAUUUCAUUUCAUAGUGGUAUUAAAAAGUUUCCUGAUGUAAAUUUUAAACAGAUUUAAUUUGCUCGUUAGUUUGACUCUUGACUUUCAGCUGAAGUUUAAAUCAGACAUGUUUCUUCUUUCCUCUGUUUUUCUUCUGGAUUUUAACAAACAACCGAUUCAUUUCUUAUUUUCUUGCAGUAAAAGAUUAUUUUUCUGUUAACGAUCAGUUUUAUUAGAGUUCAUUUGCAGCAGCAUCAUGUCACCGAUGUGAAACUCAGAUGAAAGUCAACAGUAGAUCCUCUGUGUGGUUUGAAUCGGGUCCGAACUGAAGGAUCCGUGUUCAGACGUGUGAUUCGGUCACGUGUGGUUUUAUUUCACCACUGUUGAAUGAUGUGUUGAAUACUUCUUAGACUUUAAUAUGAACAUUCAUCCUCAUCACUGACGGACGAUGAAGUGAAAAGCCUUUUUUUGUCUCUUGUUGUUUUUUCUACUCGACGUAAGAAACUCAGUGUCUGUUCCACGUGUUUUCUUUUUUUAAAUGUUUGAUAUUUUUUUAUUCUUUCUGAGAGAGACGAUUUUUAUUAGUUUAUUCUCGACAGCUGACAAUUCACUGGUGUUUUUGUCUGAAAUUAUGGUCCCAUCAGACUUAUAGUUUUUCUUUCCAGCAGUUUGAACAGUUUCCAGCAGUUUGAACAGUUUUAACAGUUAAGGGCUUUUCAUUUUGACGUCUGGAUAAAAUCCUCAGAUGUGGAGACGUGUUCGGCUGAGACGCAGCUCCGUCUGAAACCUUCUUUACCUCAAAUAAAGACAGAGAACAAGCGGCAGUUUGUCUCCUUUCAACCAA